AUACGCUUCUCUUGGAGACUUGGAGACGAAGGGAGUGUAGUAAUGAAACAGCCUUCUUAUUCGUCUUACACUUCACUUACAGUACUUGAUUCAAUUCCUCGGACACUCCGCAACGGUGGCCAUGACUACGAAGGGUUCUCGUACACCAAGCAGGUUGAUCAGAAAAUUCAAAACCCGUUCUUGGUUCUUGAUCUGAUCAAUUUCAAUAACGUCACCGUUGAUUAUGCGGAAAAGACGGCGUGGGUCGGAUGCGGCCCGACGAUUGGGGAGCUGUACUAUAGGAUAUCAGAGAAGAGUAAAGUUAUUGGGUUUGCGGCGAGCGUGUGCCACUCCAUUGGUGUUGGAGAGCACUUUAGCGACGGCGGUUAUGGGAUGAUGCUCAGAAAACACGGGCUCGCGGCAGAUCACGUCGUGGAUGCGCAUUUGAUUGAUGCAAAGGGGAAGGUUUUGGACAGGAAAUCCAUGGGGGAGGAUUUGUUCUGGCGAUCCGAGAAGGGGGAGGGAAUACAUUCAGGGUGGUUCUUUCAUGGAAAGUAUAAUUGGUUGAUCGAUGUUCCCGAAACCGCAACGACUUUCAAUAUCGUCAAAACUCCGGACUAAAACGCCACCAACCUCAUACACA